GGUGCAUCGGGAAGUGGGAAUACAACGGUCGACUACUGUAAAUGCAAUGCCAUUUCAGUUCACAAUUCAUAAACCAAACCCAACCACAGCAUUACGAUAUAUACAAAUAACAUCGUAACGGUGCGGGUGUUGUGUUGUUCUGGAAAGAGAAAAAUGGUGGCAGCGUACGAGGAGAGUCGGCGAAAGAGGUUGGAAGAGAACAGGAAGAGGAUGGAAGCCCUCAAUCUCCCUCUGCUCUCUCAAGCUCUUCACAAAUCCUCUCCUUCCAAAUCCUCCCCUCUGAAGCAGCAUGCUAAGAGUCGCACCAUUGAGAAAGAGGUUGUUGUCGUCAGGAGGUCCAGCCGUGUGGCCAACUUGCCCUCACCCGUUUACAAAGAGGUGGUUAUUGAUCGUGUCACAAUACCUAGAAGAAGUCUUGGUAGAACUUACAGCAAGCACAGGGAUUAUGCCAAUCGGGUGUAUGCUUCAGAUGAAGCCAGAGAAGAAGCAUUGGAGAAAGCAGACAAGUUAAUGUCCGAUUUGGAAUCUCAAUAUCCCACCUUUAUAAAGACAAUGCUCCAGUCCCACAUCAGCGGGGGAUUCUGGCUGGGCCUUCCAGUCCAUUUCUGCAAGAGCAAUCUUCCAAAAGGGGACGAAGUGAUGACAUUGAUUGAUGAGGAUGGGAACGAGUACCCAACAAUAUAUUUGGCACGAAAAACAGGACUUAGUGGUGGAUGGAAAGGUUUUGCGGUUGCUCAUGACCUAGCUGAUGGGGACGCUUUAAUUUUUCAGUUAAUUAAGCGCACUGCAUUCAAGGUUCUUGUGCAAUGGAAGUUCCAUCUUGGGUUCAAUUUUUGGUCAAGUUUUAAUACACUUGUAGUUUGGCUGACGUAUGAAGUCUAAUUCUGCUUUGGGGAACAUGUUUAUAUCUGUAUGUGAAGGGAACUCUUAAGUAUCUAUAUCUAAAAUGAAUAGAAUGAUCCCAUGACGAAUUUUCUUGAAUACGUAAUUGUUAUAGUGCUUGUUUUUUUGUGGUUGGGUGUGGUGAAUGUGAAUUUGUUGACUCUAUCUAACAAAUAUAGCUGGCCUUGGCCAAAACUAAACCAGGGGCACAAAGGCAGAAAUUAGUCUUGUCGCACAUGUGCUGAUGCGCAAACAUGCCACCAUCAUUUGUUUCUUUGUUUAAU